AUGGCCCGCUUCCUCACCCCGGCCAAAAUCGGUCUCCUGGCCCUCAUCGAGCUCUACGUCGAAGGCGCGGUCCCAAACGAAGGGAUCAUCCCAGUGAUCAACUUCCUCGCCUCCAACCUCAUCGACUGCGACCUCUCGGCUGCCCAAUCCCCCAACAACAGCAGCAACAACAAUAAGAAUCUCACCCCUGCCGACCGCUGGAAAAAAGCCGAGUCCACCCUCCGGCUUGUAACCUCGAUCAAAGAUUUCGAGACGUUGCUCUCCCCGCUGGCGGCAGCGGAUAAACUCCCCGGCCGUCGGCUCUGGGAUCGGUUUUUGGAGAAGUUGUGGGGGCUAGACAGUUUGCACAAGCUGCAUGAGUUUUUUGUGGCGAUACCGAGGUUGUUGUGCAGGACGAAGGAGGAGCUGAGGAGGUUGGGUCUGGAGGACGAGGAGGGGGAGUUGGGGGGGAGGACGAGGUUGGGGAGGAAUAGUCCCUUUGGGGCGUUUGUCAGGAGGGCACAUGUCGAGUUUGUGAGGUUGAAGUUUGAGAGGGUGAUGGAGUUGUGGAGGGUUUUUGUGAGGUAUCGGCAGCCGACGGCGGGGUACUGGGCGAGGAGGCAUCCGCAGCAUGGGGGGAGGCUAAGUUUUGAUCAGGUUUUGACGGAGGGAGAAGGGGAGUGGGGACAGAAGGAGACGGGGGAGCUGGCGGUAGUGGCGUAUGGGAGGAUGUUGUUGCCAGCGGUUGGGCGGUUGGUAAGGGGGGAGGGGGGUUUGGAAGGGGGGGAGACGUUGCCGGUGAGCAGCGAUGAUGUGGAAGGAUUGUUGGAGUUUCAGAUCGAGCAGAUACAGAAGUAUGGCAACAGGAUACCGCCACAGAUCAGAGACCGGUUCAGGAACUUCUUGAAGGGAAGUCAUACGGUGCCGAGUUUAUCGCACUACCUCAACUUCUCGGACGCCUGGCGGUCAGGGGACUUUCCGACAUCUUUCGACUACCUUCAUCGAUAUUUCGACUACACUAUGCAGAACCGAGAUCGACUGUUCUAUCAGUACGCCUUGAUGAACCUCGCUAUUGUUCAGUCCGACUUUGGCUGUCACAAGGAAGCCGUGGCAACCAUGCUGGAGACAGUAUCAACGGCUCGGGAGAACAGGGACACGACAUGUCUCAACUUUGCUCUAAACUGGUUCUUCCACUUCGGCAGGGCACACCCCCAUCUUGUCAGAGAACUCGAAAACAACAGCAUGCUUGGCAGCGGAAAGGAGACUCUCGCCUUCCUCCGAGUCAAGGCCAAAGAAACAGGCAUGUGGAUCCUCUGGAGUUCGGCCCUCCAGAGCGAAGCCAAGCUCUGCCUGGCCAACGGCGAAAGUGUCGCCGUUGCCUUCGAGCACAUGGUGCGAUCCUCCCAACUGAUCGUCGAGCGCAACAUGAAGACCAUGAUGGGCGCUCAGAUCUCGAUGGCCAUCGCCAUGUGGGACCGCCUCGGGCUUUCCAGCAUGGCCUCGAUGGCAUGCCAAGUCUUCCUCAGCUGCCACGCGAGAAACUCGGUCUUUGACGACGAGCUGAAGAUCACCUGUCGUCUAGCCGGGCUUCUCGCCGGCAAGGGGAAAUACGAAGAGGCGUUUGCCAUGCUCGAGUCCCUUGAUCAGAACUCGCUGCGGUCAGCGAGGCCAAAUCAAUACUGGCACCUCUACCGCGGCCUCUUGAAGCUUCGUCGGGACCUGCACAGGAACAACCUCCCUGCCGUCGACACCCUGCUGGCUCAGCUCCUCCAAACUGGCCCUGAGGACGCAGAACCGGACACCGUCUUCAUCAUCGACACCCUCCACAUCGAGGCUCUGGUCCGCCACAGGGACUUUGACGGCGCCUUUACCAAAAUCGACAACAUGAUGGCCAACCUUGGAGAAAACAACCGCGACGUUGCCCUCCGCAUUCGUCUCCUCAUCGCCAAGGCCCACCUCUUUGACGAGAUCAACCGCCCAGAAAAGGGCUUCACAAUAGCGAUGCGGGCCACCUCGAUGGCCUGGCGGGCGCUGAACAUCCCGCUUCUGUGGCAGGCCGUCGGCGCUCUGGCCAACGUUUUGAACUCACUGUCGGAGUUCUCGGCUGCGGCGCAGCUGUUGCUUUCGGUGCUGCCGAGGGUGCUGGAGACCGAUGUCUCGUUCACAGCGGGGACGUUGUAUAACCUCUUGGCGGACGCGAGGAUGGGGCAGGCGGGACAGUUUUUUUGUACGGCUGUUUCGGACGAGUCGACGGAGCUGGAGAGGCAGAGGGGGAGGAGGAGGCAGAGGGAGAUGAUGAUGAGGGCGCAUGCUGCGCUGGAGAGCGCGUACAAGUAUUUCGAGAGGGUGGAGGAGGUGGAGAAGCAGGCGGAGGUGCUGGCUAAGAUGGCGACGGUGAUGAGAGGUUUGGGGGAUGAGGGGUUGAGCGAGGGGUAUGCGGCCAGGUAUUUGAGUUUGAGGAGGGAGGUGGAGAGGGUCAAUGGAUAG